UAGUCGGGUGCGAGAGUCUCGAUCUAGCGAGAUUGGAAGGGCUUUGGGUGCACAUACCAACCCUUCCUACCCUUUCGAAGGAUCAGGCCACGAAGAUGCCUGGCCUGCGUGAACGAGAGAAGCGCAACCUGUGGCUGAUACUGACCGGCGCGCCUCCCUGCGUCCGGAAAUUCAGCCACGCUCAAUUCUCAAACGUUAUAUCUUGUUCCCUUCAGUUUCAUUCGAACCACGGCUGUGCUCGACACCGUUUUCCUCGAGGACAUCGGGAAAGGUUCCUCCUCCUCUUCCUCCUUUUUAUACACGUCGUCGUAGUAUCAAAUCGUUGUUAGAACCGAGAAAGGAAAAGAAAGAGAUACCAAGAAGCAUAAACUUUUAUAGAAUUCUUCAUUCAAUUUUUGAUUGUUUUUCGGCUUUCCCCCGAUUUUAUCUUAUUUAUCCCUCGUUUCCUUUUUUUAAGAAGGGAUUUCCUCUCCUUUAGUUUUUCUCUCUCUUUUUAUUUUCUGAUUUUAUUUUCGUUCAUGCUUUUUUUUUUUACGAUUAUCUUUCGUAACGUAACGUCCGUAAUUAAACGUUGGUCCGUCCAAUUUAACGUCUACAUAGUUGUUAAAUUCAAUUAAAUGAUAUUUCAUCGAAACGAUGAGCUGCUAUUCGUGUUAUUUAAAUUUUUAUCGAGUAAUAUUAUUAUCUACGGUUUUUGUAAUUUUCGUGAUAGAAUAAUAAUUAGUGGUGGAAAAUAAUAUAUAGACAGUGCCAAAUCUUCCUGUUGCUUGCCGGUCCGGCUUGGGAAAAAUUCUCAAAGAAACAGGCGUAACGAGGGCAAAACUAGCUUAGAGGCAAGAAAACGUUCUACCUUACGAUGCGUAUACCGGCGCUCCAGUUAAUUAACGAUGCAACGACACCGAAGACGAGUAAGACGAGGAUGAUAACAGUAGGAAAGCUAGUGACAACAACAGGAAUAACGACUAAGACGAAAAUUACUACGACUGUGAUAACUACGAUGACGGUAAUGACGAUGACUAUGAUGACGAUGAUAAUGAUGAUGAUGAUAGAAACUACGCGAUGAAAGAAGGAGAAAAAAAAAGUAACGUCGAGUGUGAAAUCACGUAAAAUCUUGGCAAAUUAGUCAUACUAAAAAAGAUAGUAAGAGAAAACUUGUAAUGACUCGGUAGUCAAUUUUCAUCGUCGGGCAUAAUUGACGACAUUACUUUCGCGGACCACGAAGAAGUAAAAGGAAAGGGGGAGGUGCAAUAAAAGACGAGAGAAAACGUUCGAGACGAAAUUAAAUAAUAGUUUUUUUUUGUAGAAAAGUAUCUAUUAUUCUUCUUCGUGCAUUAUCACAAAGACUGCUCAAAACUCGCCAAAAAAUUUUUAACGUUUUACACUGGUGCCAAAAAAAAAAAGGGUAUCGAAUUGAAACUUAUAAGGGACCAAGAUCGUCCGCGUAUUUUCGGAAUAGAAAAGAAAGAGGGGUAGUUUGUUUUGUCUUUAAUAAUAGAUAGAAAUAAUAGUCGGAAAAGUGGAUCGUACGGUAGCAAUCGUUGAUCGAGCUCGUCCUAAAUGGAAGGAGGGAGGAGAAAAUGUCGCGUCUCAAAGAAGGCGUCGUCGAUACGUCGAUCACCCUGGUACGACAAGGAAGACGUCUUCGUCUUCGUCGUCUUGGACUUCAUCGAGUUCGAGCUAUGUGAAUCGUCAAGAAAUUCGCAGGAAUCUUCUUCCUCCUUUGAAAAUAAAUAAAGGUGUUUUAACGGAUAAUAAAACGUUUGAUAAUAAUAGAAUGCCGGGGCAAACGUCGACUCGAGAGAGUAGCGAGGUAAUCCGAAUGGAACCUCUCGGUAGAACAUCCAGUUCACGUAGCCCCGGGCAAAAUGGAACUGCCAAUAGCACCGAAGUACCAGUAAUCACAGAAGACAGCAACACCGGAUUGCACAAACGUAGUAUUUACGAGCCCAAUGGAAUCGUCUGUUCACAAAAAAGGGCACUCUGCAUAGCCACCGUCGUUUUCGCAUUACUUUUCGCCAUAUCACUCAUCAUUGCCUUCGCGGGACCACAAAAUGACUGCCCUUGCGCUGGACAAAGGCCAGCCAAUAUAGAAAUCGAAGACGAUGAAGAGAGCAACGAGCCUCUCGCAACUAAUGGGGAGGUAUUCCCAUGGAAUAACGUCAGGCUACCUACAUUCGUGUAUCCUACUAGGUAUAACAUUACCAUCCAUCCAAAUCUUACCACCUUAGAAGUUAAAGGACAGGUCACAAUCGAAUUCAACGUCGAUAAAGAGACCAAUUUUAUCGUCUUCCAUAGUAACAACUUGACAAUAAACGAAAAGAUGGUCCAAGAUCGGAAAGGCCAUAGAUUGAAAAUCGCGAAAUUGUUGGAGUAUCCUACUCAUCAACAAUUAUAUCUCCAAUUGGAAGAGAGUAAAUUUCGAAAAAGAGGCAAUUACACGGUACACCUGAGAUUCGUUUCGAAAUUAACCAGCAAUCUGGAGGGUUUUUAUCUCAGCAGUUACGUCACCGCCGAUGGAGAAAAGAGGUAUUUGGCAACGACACAAUUUGAACCAACGUAUGCACGAUCGGCGUUUCCCUGUUUCGACGAGCCCCAGUUCAAAGCUAAAUUCAAGAUUUCAAUAUUCAGGGAUAGAUUUCAUAUUGCGUUAUGCAACAUGCCUGUUGUCAAUACGGAGGAUGCUGGCUUUUAUAUGGGGACUGGCCUUCUUCGAGAUGAUUUCCAAGAAUCCGUCGAAAUGUCUACAUAUUUGGUGGCAUUCGUUGUAUGCGAUUUUAAAAGGAUUUCCGAGAUGACUAAGAGAAACGUUUCUGUGAGCGUUUAUGCACCAGAAUCGAUGCUUCCUCAAGCGAGAUACGCGAUAGAUAUCGCUGUUCGUACGAUGGAUUACUUUGAAUCUUUCUUCGGAGUAGAUUAUCCAUUGCCUAAACAAGAUUUGAUCGCGAUUCCUGACUUUGGUACCGAAGCAAUGGAAAAUUGGGGCCUAACUACUUAUCGAGAAACUGCAAUUCUUUACGAUCCUGAAGAAACAUCUACUGCUGCACACGAAUGGAUCGCGAUAAUUGUUGCCCACGAAUUGGCACACCAAUGGUUCGGUAAUCUAGUUACGAUGAAAUGGUGGAACGAUCUUUGGUUGAACGAAGGUGCUGCCAGUUUCUUCGAAUACAAAGGUGUCAAUCAUAUUUCACCGGAAUGGAAUAUGAUGGAUCAGUUUAUUCUAGAAAAAACACAAUCUGCCUUACAUCUCGAUGCACUUGCCAGUAGUCAUCCGAUAAGCGUAAAAGUAGACGAUCCCAAAGAGAUAGAAGCCAUUUUCGAUAUUAUCAGUUAUCACAAAGGUGCUUCGAUUUUAAAUAUGCUCGAAGGUUUUCUCUUCGAAGACGUAUUGAAAAGUGGAUUGAACGAUUAUCUCAAUAUCCAUGCUUACGGAAACGCAGACACCAAAGACCUUUGGGCUGUUUUCACUAAACAUGCCAAUCGUACGUUCGACGUCAAAGCCAUAAUGGAUACGUGGACACAACAAAUGGGUUUUCCAUUGGUAACGAUAAUCCGUGAUGGAAAUACCAUUACAGCGAGUCAGAAAAGAUUUCUCAUAUUGCCGAAUGAAAACGAUACAGAAAUUUUCAAUCAAAAAUCACCAUUCAAUUACAAAUGGUACGUGCCACUGAGUUAUUACACGGAUAAGGAACCGCAUAAGUUACAAAACGUGUGGAUGAAUUUAACCGACGUCACCUUUGAAAUAGCGAGUGACGUUGAAUUCAUCAAAUGUAACGUCAAUCAAAGUGGAUUUUAUCGAGUGAAUUAUCCGGAAGACAUGUGGAUGUAUAUUAUUACAACAUUACAUUACAAUCACACGCAGUUCAGUCCGGCAGAUCGUGCAAAUCUUAUCGACGAUGCUUUCGAAUUAUGCGAAGCUGGUGAAUUAAAUGCUACUAUCCCUCUGGAAUUAUCUUUGUACCUCCUAAACGAAAGAGAUUACGUUCCAUGGAUGACAGCCCUUAAGUACCUGUACUCUUGGAAGGGAAGAUUAGCCGAAAGUCGAGCUUACAAGAGAUACAUCGAAUUUCUUAAACGAUUGUUAGGUCCUAUUACAAAAUAUGUCGGUUGGGCGGACGAAGGAACUCACUUGGACAAAUUAUUACGAAUUGCGGUAUUACAAUCAGCAGUAUCGGUGAAAUUGGAGAACGUUGUUGAACCAGCUAAAACACUUUUCAACGAUUGGAUGUUGAACAGUAAAAGUAUUAGGCCAAACAUUCGCGAUGUUGUUUACGUUGCAGGAAUUAAAUUUGGCGGGGAACCGGAAUGGAACUAUUGUUGGUCGGUUUAUCAAAAAACACAAGUUCCUAGCGAGAAAAGUGUGAUGUUGCAAGCACUCGGUGGUACCUCAGAUCCAUGGUUGUUACAACGUUACCUUCUACGUUCUUUGGAUCGCGAGAAGGUGAGACCUCAAGACGUUGAGACUGUUAUAGGAUCGGUGGCUUCUAAUUCGGAAGGAUUGUUUCUUGCUUGGCGACAUCUCAAAGCGUACUGGCACGAUAUACAAGCAUUGUUUGGUAACGGUACUCUCACUAUGGGUAGCUUGAUAAGCGUCGUUACGUCAAAUUUCUUCACAGAGCACGAUUACCGCGAGGUUACUGAAUUUUUUAAAAAGGUGGACGUUGGUAGCGGUAAACGAGCACUCGAUCAAAGCUUGGAAACAAUUAGAUUCAACAUUCAUUGGGUUAAAGAAAACGUGGACGUAUUGGACGACUGGUUGAUCGACUUUUUGGACGUUCAUUCGUGUUAACCCUUGCUCGUCGGAAAUGGGACAGCAAUGGCCCGGAAUCGUUCGGUCCUAUUUUUUAUCGGUAUGGCUAUUUUUCUUCAUUAUAUUUAUACGAGAGACAACCGCCGCUGCCCCUCUCUUACGAGCGGGUUAAACAAAAAAAAAACAAUCAACGCGACAUAAUAAAUAGCCUACUUCUUGAAA